CAUUGUAGAAUUUUCAAAAUAAAAAUUCUUGUGUUGCAAAAUUGAAACGAGUUUUGAAAUUGAAUAUCAAGACGAGAAUAUCUAAAAAAAACUAGUAAAAAGGCAGUACCCUCCACUAUUUGGAACGAAUUUGAAAAUUUUCAAGAAAAUAACAUUCGCCAAAAAUUCUGUUAAAAUCUUUAAAAUACCGAAUAUAGCCGUUAUAUUGAGGGCUCCAUAGGCAACUUUUGUCAUAAGCAAUUACAAUAUUCAAAUACGAAAUUUGAAGAAAAUCGGUGAAUAAUCUCGCUAAAAUCAUCAAAAUACUGAAUAUCGGGAGGUCCCGCUAUAUGAGGCUUUACUAAACAUAAAAUCAAAUUUUCCAAAAAUCCACAUUCCAAUUUUUUUCCUACCUUUAUUUCAAAUAAAUACCGAAAAAUAGAAAUGUUAUUAGAAUGAAAGCGUGAUAAAUCAAAACCCCCAGAUAUUAUUAAUUCAAAAUUAUUAUCUCAAAAACAAUCUCACACAAAUGACUGCCGGCGGUUUACUGCGUAGAUCUAUAUUUUACUAUGAUACACGAUCAAAUCGUCGCUCCAUUGCCUAUCUUAUUGUGGGUCUGGUGAUGGGAUUUUUUUUGAAUGGCCUCAUUACAUUUAACACUUCGAAAAAACCCGCAUGGAUUCACCACACCAAUCAUAAUCGAAUAGUUUUAGCUGAUACAGGAAAAGAUGUUGAUAGACAUCAACGCUCGCAUGACAACAAUUCAGUGGCACAAAAAUUAUACAACGAAGUUCGUGUCCUCUGUUGGAUAAUGACCAAUCCGAAUAAUCAUCACACCAAAGCCAGGCAUGUCCAGCAAACAUGGGGCAAGCGAUGCAAUAAACUAUUAUUUAUGUCGUCGACAGAGGAUGCGGAAUUGGUUACAAUUGCCCUGCCCGUCGCCGAGGGUCGCAACAAUUUGUGGGCCAAAACAAAGGCAGCCUUUCGUUACAUCUAUGAAAAUCACAUGGAUGAUGCAGAUUGGUUCUUUAAGGCGGACGAUGACACCUAUGCAAUAGUGGAGAAUUUACGAUUUCUACUCUAUCCAUACUCACCGGAGACACCCAUUUAUUUUGGUUUUAAAUUUAAACCGUUUGUAAAACAGGGCUACAUGUCAGGCGGUGCCGGUUAUGUUUUGAGCAAAGAAGCUGUGCGACGUUUCGUAGAAAAAGCUAUGCCAAAUUCAAAAAUUUGCAGUCCCAAAAAUAGUGGAGCCGAAGAUGUUGAAAUCGGCAAGUGUUUGGAAAAUGUUAAUGUCAUUGCAGGCGAUUCUAGAGACUCACAUGCUCGAGGUCGAUUCUUCUCAUUUAUCCCCGAAUAUCAUUUAAUACCAAAUCAUGCGAACAAAAAUUAUUGGUAUUGGAAGUACAUAUACUACAAAACUGAUGAGGGUCUUAAUUGCUGUUCGGAUCAUGCAAUUUCCUUUCAUUAUAUUACACCAACUCGAAUGCAUCUCCUUGACUAUUUUAUUUAUCAUUUGCGACCGUAUGGCAUCGUCCAUCCUCUCGAUAUAUUGCCGAAAAAAUUAAAAGUUGGCGAAACUGACCCGCCCCCUGUAGCAGCAUUGGACAGUGAUGUCGUAUAGGCAAUAUGAGCAGUAAUGUAAUUUAUAGAUUAGCCUAAAAUUAAUUUAUACAUUUUUAGUUUGUAUUUUGAAAAAUAAAUAGCACACAUUUUUUG